AUGGCGAGAGAUCGCUUUUUCCUUAUUAGGAACUGGAUAAAACUUGUUUUUGAUAACGAAAUUACAGCAGACGAAAGAAAAGCUGAUAGGCUGUGGAAGGUAAGACCUUUACUUGACCGAAUCUUAGAGGGCUGUUUGAAACAGAACAAACCACAGGAAUUGAGUAUCGACGAGAUGAUAGUGCCUUUUUCUGGAACGUGUCUAGUCAAGCAACACAUACCCAACAAACCCAACCCAACGGGUUUGAAAGUUUAUGUUCUUGCUAAUCCAAACGGAAUUGUUUGUGAUUUUACUGUCUAUCAAGGACCAGCCACAUACGUAGAAAACCCAGAACUUGAGCAAUUCUGGCAGUGUGAAUCAGCUGUCCUUCAGCUUACUAGGUCUUUAGUUCCCGGCCACACAUUGUAUGCCGAUAGAUUUUUCACUUCAGUUAGGCUUGCUGACGAACUCCUGAAAAAAGGUUUUAGAUUAACUGGAACAAUCAGGAAAGACAGAAUUCCCGAAACUACUGACCUUCCAAGUGACAAAGAGUUUAAGAAAGCAAAUGAAAGGGGCACCAGUUUUUGCACUGUAAGAGAAGAAAAAGAUAAAAAUGGAACAAAGACAGAGGGAAAAGUAGCUAUAACAAAGUGGUUAGACAACAACUGUGUAUGUAUGAUAUCUACUGCUGAGUCAAUCGAGCCUUUGUGUGAAGUAAAAAGGUGGUCUAAGGCCAGCAAACAGUUUAUCAAUGUUUCUCAACCUAAAGUUAUCAAUGCAUAUAAUGCAAAAAUGGGAGGCGUAGACUUAGCUGAUAGAAUGCUAUCGUAUUGCUCCUCACGAGCCCGGACAAAGAAAUGGACAUUGAGAUGUAUCCUUCAUUUCUUUGAUUUGAGCCUUAGUAACAGUUGGCUUCAGAUGCGGGAAACCAAACAAAAAAUACAAAAUUCCAGCCAAAAGAAUUCCGCAAUUCAGGACUUUUAA